ACAAGCAUGCACAGUGUGUGUGUGGUGCUGCUUUUCACCAGGGGGGUUCUUGGUCAGUCUUCCUCUGCCUUAAACGAACAAUGGGAGGAAUGGAAAGUCAAGUAUCAGAAGGUUUAUAAUAAUCAGAGUGAGAGCCUGUACAGGAGGGAGGUCUGGGAGAAGAACCUGCAGCUGGUGCUGAGACACAACCAGGAGGCCUCAGCAGGACGGCACACCUUCACGAUGGGACUCAACCACUUGGCUGACAUGACAGCAGAGGAAGUCAACGAGAAGCUGAAUGGCUUUAAGAUGGAAGACCCAAAUCAUUUUAGAAACUGGACCUCCAAGCAAGUGAGUGAUGCCUCAAUACCCUCGAGUGUGGACUGGAGGCAGAAAGGCAUGGUCAGCCCAGUCCAAAACCAGGGUUUUUGUGGGUCAUGCUGGGCAUUCAGUGCUGUAGGAGCGCUUGAGGGCCAGAUGAAGAAGAAAACAGGGUCCCUCGUCCCGCUGAGCCCACAGAACCUGGUGGACUGCAGCACCAACGAUGGGAACCAUGGCUGCAGAGGGGGCUACAUCUCUAAAGCCUUCACAUAUAUAAUCCGCAAUGGAGGCAUCGACUCUGCACACUUUUACCCCUACGAAUACAGGCAAGGGAAAUGUCGCUAUUCCAGCAAGGGAAAGGCCGGAUACUGCUCUGGUUUCAAGGUCCUUCCACGGGGAGAUGAGAAGACUCUGCAGCAGGCUGUGGGGACAGUGGGGCCGGUCGCUGCUGCUAUCAACGCCAUGCUGCCUUCCUUCCAUCACUACAGAGGAGGUUUAUACAACGCACCAGGCUGCAAUCCCAGGCUAAUAAAUCAUGCUGUACUGAUUGUGGGCUAUGGCACAGACAGAGGAGAGGACUUCUGGCUUGUGAAAAACAGCUGGGGAACUGCAUGGGGAGAAGCAGGAUACCUUCGACUUGCCAGGAACAAGAACAAUCUCUGUGGCAUUGCCAACUUUGCAAUCUACCCAAAACUGUGAAAAUACAGCCAUUGAAGUCGUCCGUCAGUAGAAAUUAGAUUAUUUGUGAAUAAAUCAAUUCAAAUUAUGUUACUGGCAUAUUCAACAUUUUAUGUGUAGAUGCUGUGUUUUAAAGAAACUAAUAUGUAAUUCUGUUUGAGGGCCUAUUUUAUAAGAAAGAGGUAAAAAUAGCAA